AUGCUGGAGAAGAAAGGAGCCGUGGCUCAAGAGAAGUUUUAUGAGGCUCUUAAGACACAUAACCCUCUUCUGGUGGAGGAUCUUCAGCGCUCAGCAAUGAGCCCAGCAGUGCCUCAGCCCCAGCAGAGGGGAGAUGCUUCACGGACAGUUACAAAAUCAUCACUUAAACGGAAGCUUCAGGCCCAUCUGAAAAACAGGUUUUCAACAUUACAUCAAGAUUCUAAAAAGUACAGCGUGCAAGACAUGUACACUGAGCUUUACAUCAUAAAGGGUCGUACCGGGGGAGUCAACAGUGAUCACGAAGUGGCAGCAAUUGACAUGAGACAAAUUGGGGCUAGACCAAGCUCUAAAGAUGAACAAGUCAAGAUGGCAGACAUAUUCACAGCCAACUCUGCUGCAAAAGUUUUGACUUUGGGAAUUGCUGGUGUGGGGAAAACUGUUGCAGUGCAAAAGUUUGUCAUGGACUGGGCUGAGGGAAAAAACAAUCAAGAUAUAGACUUUGUUUUUGUUCUUUUGUUUCGAGAGCUGAACUUGAAGAAAGGAGAACAGCGCAGCCUUUUCGAUCUUCUUCUGUCAUUCUACCCUGAUAUCAAAGGCUUGAAAAAUGUCCCUGAAUUCUGUGGAUGCAAAAUUCUCUUUGUCUUUGACGGUUUGGAUGAAAGCAGACUCCAGCUGGACUUCAACGAGUGGAUUUCUAAACCUGACAAACAGUCAUCAGUUGACAUUCUAAUAGCAAGUGUCAUUAAAGGUAUGCUACUGUCCUCUGCACACAUCUGGGUUACAACCAGACCAGCAGCGGCCAGUCUGAUCCCAGAGGAGUGCUUCACCCUCUUGACAGAGGUGCAAGGAUUCAACGAUGACCAGAAAAUUUUGUUCUUUCAGAAGAGCAUCACAAAUCCAGAAAAGGCAAAGAGAGUCAUUGCUCAUAUCAAGAAGAACAGAAGCCUCCACAUCCUGUGUCACAUACCAGUAUUCUGCCAUAUCAUGCUGAGUGUGCAAGAUGAAAUACUGAGAGAUGAGAGCAAAGAAGCACCAACCAAAACCUUGACGGAAAUGUAGCACUUUAUAGUGUCUCUCAGAUCCAAAAAAAUGAAUGAAAAGUACUUGGACAAGAAGAUGAGUGCUAAAGAAAAAGGGAAGUUCCUGGUUUUACUUGGGAAACUAGCAUACACACAUCUGGAGGACGGCACACUGAUAUUCUAUGAGAAGGACCUGCAAGAGUGUGGUAUUAACGUGAAUUCUGGAGCAUUGCAGGCUGGAGUUUGUACACAGAUAUUCAGUGUUGAGAGUGCUGCAACUGGAGAGAAUAUGUUCAGCUUUGUGCACCUAAGUGUACAGGAAUUCUUAGCAGCUCUUUAUGUUCUUAAUGAAAAGGCAGCUCAGAGGACCAGGAACCCCCUAGGCGAGACAUUGAAGGAGAAGAUCAACUGGCUAUUCAGGCACUCCAUGUUUGAUCUUUACAGAUUUGCUGUUGAAAAAGCCCUGCAAAGCAAGAAUGGACAAUUGGAUCUUUUUGUGCGCUUCCUCCUUGGCCUGGCUCCGCUGUUGAAACCUGGAAUCCGCUCAUCCCUGCAUGUGUUGCUACCACAAUUAUGUGUUAGAGAAGAGCGCAUCAACAAAACAGUUCAAUAUAUCAAAGAGAAGAUCAGGAAGGAAGACAUCUCAUCAGAACGAAUCAUCAACCUUUUCCACUGUUUGAAUGAGCUUGGAGACAAGUCUCUUGUUGAUGAUAUUAACAGGUACAUAAACUCAUCAGAUGAGGAGAACCUGACUCCAGCCCAGUGUUCAGCUCUGGCUUAUAUGCUGCUCAUGUCAGCUGAAGACUUGGAGGAGUUUGAUCUGAAGAAAUACCUGAGAUCAGAGGAAGGGCUCCACAGAAUGUUUCCUGUAGUGAAUGUCACAAAGAGACUUUGGCUAAAUCACUGUCACCUCUCCAAAGUGAGCUGUCAGCUGUUGACACAGGUGCUACAAAGGACACCUUCCCAUCUGAGAGAACUGGAUAUGAGUGACAAUGACUUGCAGGAUGAAGGAGUGGAGAUGCUCUGUGUAGGACUACGAGAUCCACAAUGCAAGCUAGAGACACUGAGGCUCUCUGGUUGUCUGAUCACCCAGAGGGGCUGUUCUGCCUUGUCCUCUGCCCUCAAAUCAAACCCCUCCAACCUGAAAAAGCUGGAUCUGAACUACAAUCAUCCAGGAGACUCAGGUGUCAGAGAGUUCACAGACAGAUUGAAUGAUCCCAGCUGUAAAUUAGAGACUUUCAGGAAUGACCAUGGAGGAGAUUGCAGGAUUAAACCAGGACUGAGAAAGUAUGCCUGUGAGCUCACACUGAAUCCAAACACAGCACGCAGAUAUCUCCCUCUCUCUGAGGAGAACAGAAAGGUGACACGUGUGAGGGAGAAGCAGCCGUAUCCUGACCACCCAGAGAGAUUUGACUUCUACCCUCAGGUGCUGUGUAGAGAGGGUCUGUCUGGACGCUGCUACUGGGAGGCUGAGUGGAGUGGUAAUGAGGUUUAUUUAGCAGUGGCAUAUAAAAGCAUCCAGAGGAAAGGGUGGAGUGAUGACAGUGAGUUUGGACAUAAUGACAAGUCCUGGACUUUGAGUUGCUCUGGUAACAGUUACUCUGCCUGGCACAAUAAUAAGGAGAUGGCCAUACCUCCCCUCUCCUCCCACUUCAACAGAGUAGGAGUGUACCUGGACUGGCCAACAGGCACGCUGUCCUUCUACAGUGUCUCCUCUGAGACACACACACACCUGCACACGUUCCACUCCACAUUCACUCAGCCCCUCUAUCCUGGGCUUGCCAUUUGGUCUACUGACUCCUCAGUGUCCCUGUGUCUGAUCACAUGA